AUGUCGAAAGUCGCAGGCCGCGAGUGGGCCGAAGAUGUCAGCGACAACGAGGCAAACGACCCCCAAGCCCUGCCAGCCCCAGUAACCACACUGAACAAAGACGGCACGAAGACAACAGUAACCUACAAAAUUGACGACUCCGGUCGUAGAGUAAAAGUCACACGCAAAACCCGCACUACGGUGCACAGAGAAAAAGUCGACCCAGAAGUAGCCGAGCGAAGAACGUGGGCGAAAUUUGGUCUUGAGAAGGGUAAAUCCAAGGGACCGCAGCCAGACACAACGUCCGUCGGCGAGAAUAUUGUUUUCAGACCUUCAAGAGACUGGAAGGCCGUACAGGCGGCAGAGGCGAAAGAUGGUGGCGGCAAGGCAGAGGAGAAGAGCCUGAAAGAGCAGUUACGAGACAAGAAAGUCAAGUGCAGAAUUUGUCAGGGAGAGCACUUUACUGCACGAUGCCCGUACAAGGACACUAUGGCGCCUGUUGGUGGUGACAAUGAGCCUGCAGCUGAUCCUUUGGCUGAAGAAGAAGCGCCUGCUACGAAGUCAGGUGGACUUGGUGCUGGUAGCGGAGGCUAUGUACCACCUCAUUUGCGAAAGGGUGGUGCUGCCAGUGCUGGUGAGCGAAUGGGUGGCAAGUUUGAGAGAGAUGAUCUGGCUACGCUGAGAGUCACAAAUGUAUCUGAACUUGCCGAAGAGCAGGAGCUACGUGAUCUCUUUGAGCGAUUUGGACGCGUCACGAGAGUUUUCCUCGCGAAAGAUCGGGAAACGGGCCGCGCAAAAGGUUUCGCUUUCAUUAGCUUCGUCGACCGCGCCGAAGCCGCGAGGGCCUGCGAGAAGAUGGAUGGGUUCGGGUAUAGGCACUUGAUCUUGAGGGUCGAAUUCGCAAAGCGAACUACCUAA